AUGGACAAGGAGAAAGAUAGACCAGAUGCCGGGUUGAGGUCGCUCAAUCACUACAAGCUCAGACUGCCACGAUGGCGCUACCUUCUCAGAGAACAACUCCUCCCGGUCGUGCGCUGGGAGACUCCCUACGUCGCCUGGCUACAAGACACCCUACGAACUCCGGCCUUUGAUACUUAUUUUGCAACGUCGGCAAACCUGGGGACGCACACUUUUUUCAUGGUCAUGCUGCCUAUUCUCUUCUGGUGUGGGAAUACAAGUCUGGGAAGAGGGAUGGUUCAUGUCCUGGCUUCUGGGGUUUUCUUGAGCGGCUUUAUCAAAGAUCUCCUCUGCCUCCCCCGACCACUCUCUCCGCCGUUGACCCGAAUUACCAUGUCUGGAUCUGCCGCCCUUGAGUAUGGCUUUCCGUCCACUCACUCGACGAAUGCGGUAUCGGUUGCUGUCUACUCCCUUUACCUUCUCCGACAAGAAACCAACAACCUGGACCCGAACCUCAAAUUCGGUCUGCAGAUUUUAGCUUACUUCUACGCCAUUUCUAUUGUGCUUGGCCGGCUGUACUGUGGGAUGCAUGGUUUCUUUGACGUCAUUUGGGGAAGCAUUCUCGGCGCAUUGAUAGCUCUGGUUCAAUGCUUCUAUGGGGAGGCGUUCGAUGACUGGCUCCAUGGCGGCGACUUGACACGAGUCGUGCUUGUUGUUCUGAUCAUCUUAGUCCUGGUUCGCAUCCAUCCCGAACCGGCAGAUGACUGUCCUUGUUUUGAUGACAGCGUCUCUUUUGCUGGAGUCAUCAUUGGCUGUGAAUAUGCUGUCUGGCACUUUGCCCGCUCCUCGUAUGCCUGGUCAACUCCCGCAAAGGGCACUAUCCCGUUCGACCUUGCAAAACUGGGCUGGAUCAUUACAUUGGCGCGCAUUCUACUCGGAGUACUUGUGAUUUUUGCAUGGAGGGGCAUCAUGAAGCCAACCCUACUGAAGAUACUUCCACCAAUAUUUCGUGUCAUUGAACAGCUUGGUCUUACUUUACCCCGACGGUUCUUUAAACCAGCGUCAGAGUACGAGACCAUUCCACGGCAACCCAAUGACGACAACAUCAUCCCACCGGCGCGGGAUAUCCCUCACCUGUUGUCAUCGUUUCGACGCAGGAGAGCCAUCUCGGUUGGACCUCAGUCUGAGGCAGACGCGUACGAAACACUGGCCUACCGUGACAAGAAGAGAAGAGACAGCAAAAAUGCUCUUGAGGCACUGACUCCAGCAAUAAAGGAAUCCCCGCCAUCCUCACCCUCUCCUGAUCGCGGCUACUUCCAGACCAAAGAUGCGGUUUCGGGCAGGAAAAGAUCUAGCAGUCUGGAGAUGUUCCGUGCGCAGAUGGGUACUGGAAUGGAAACGUUAUCACCGGUUCCUGCAGCUCCACCGGCUAGCGGCAAAGUGCGCACCCCAGAGGAAGCUCAAGCAAUGGAUGAAUUGCAGGAACGACAGAUAUUCUUGAGCCUACAGAAACCUCGAGUCCGAUAUGAUGUGGAAGUGGUGACUAAGCUCAUUGUGUAUUCGGGAAUCGCAUGGCUGGCUAUUGAGGGCAUCCCUGUCCUGUUCCAGACCAUCGGAUUGAGCGUACAAUGA